ACACGUGAGCUCUGUUACUUGUUGUGUUGCUAAUACGAAAAGUGAUACUAUGAUUGAGCAUUAUUAUAUUCUUUAUGUCAAAUAAUUACGUGCAUUCACCGCUACUAGCUGCUGUUUUCAUAUUCUAAAACCACACAAAGAACACUACAAACAUGGCGGGAGUUAUCCGGAGGCUAGACGAGACUGUUGUAAACCGGAUUGCCGCGGGAGAAGUAAUCCAGCGUCCUGCUAACGCCGUCAAAGAAAUGAUUGAAAACUGCUUGGAUGCCAAGUCAACCAAUAUUCAGGUGACAGUAAAGGAUGGUGGACUGAAGCUGCUUCAGAUUCAGGACAAUGGCACCGGCAUCAGGAAAGAGGAUAUGGAAAUUGUUUGUGAAAGGUUUACCACCAGCAAACUCCAGACUUUUGAGGAUCUUUCAGCUAUUGCAACUUAUGGUUUCAGAGGAGAGGCUCUUGCUAGUAUAAGCCAUGUAGCCCAUGUCACCAUAACUACCAAGACUGCUGAUGCCAAGUGUGCUUACAGAGCCUGCUACAGUGAUGGUAAACUAAAAGGCCCUCCUAAACCAUGUGCUGGCAACCAGGGGACACAGAUUCUGGUGGAGGAUCUUUUCUAUAAUGUAUCCACAAGGAGGAAGGCUCUGAAGAGCCCCAGUGAUGAGUACUCCAGGAUUGUAGAUGUGGUCAGCAGGUAUGCCAUACACAAUUCAGGAAAAAGUUUCUCGGUUAAAAAGCAAGGAGAGACUGUGGCAGAUGUGAGGACGCUGCCCAAUGCAUCCGUUGUAGACAACAUCCGAAGUGUGUUUGGCAAUGCUGUCAGCAGAGAGUUGAUCGAAGUUGGCUGUGAAGAUCAGAAGCUGGCUUUCAAGAUGAAAGGCUACAUCACAAAUGCAAACUACUCGGUCAAGAAAUGCAUCCUGAUCCUGUUCAUCAACCAUCGUCUAGUGGAGUCGAGUGCUUUGAAGAAAGCGGCUGAGACUGUUUAUGCUGCGUACCUUCCAAAGAACACACACCCCUUUCUGUACCUCAGCCUGGAAAUCGCUCCACAGAAUGUGGAUGUCAAUGUUCAUCCAACAAAACAUGAGGUGCAUUUCUUGCAUGAGGACAGUGUCAUCGAGAGUGUUCAGAAGCACAUCGAGAGCAAACUUCUGGGUUCCAACUCCUCGCGCACAUAUUUCACUCAGACGUUGCUGCCAGGGCUGUCAGUCUCAGGUGGGACGGAGGUAAAGGCCUCCAGCACCACAGCAGAGUCCGCUGAGCGUGUCUACGCACACCAGAUGGUAAGGACAGACUCCCGUACCCAGAAGCUGGAUGCCUUCCUCCAGCCGAAAGAGAGGCCACCCCCUGAUCCUGAUCCUGAGCCAGCUGGUCCUAGCAGCAGGAAUACAGAGGCUGAGACCAAGACUAUCCAGCCGGAUGAUGCAGAAAUGGACGAUACAGAUGAUGCAGACUUGUUGGAGGUCCUGGUUGCACAGGAAGCGCAGGCAUCUAAAGUCGAGGAAGGAUGCAGUGGCCCUGCUGAGGACGCUCAGAGGAAGCGACCAAGGAUGGAGCAGAAGAAGGAAGCAGACGAGGACCUGAUGGCUGCUGCCACUCCCAAGAGAAGAGCAAUUAAACUGACCAGCAUUAAAGAGCUGAGAGCUGAAACCACUGAGAACACACACAAAGGUCUUCAGGAGAUGCUGCAGAACCACUCAUUUGUAGGCUGCGUCAAUCCUCAGUGGACUUUGAUUCAGCAUCACACCAAACUGUACCUGCUCAACACCACUAAACUCAGCCAGGAGCUUUUCUAUCAAAUACUCAUUUAUGACUUUGGGAACUUUGGUGUACUCAGACUAUCUACACCUGCACCUCUUUAUGACCUGGCCAUGUUGGCUUUGGACUCUGAGGAGAGCGGCUGGACUGAAGAGGACGGUCCAAAAGAGGGUCUGGCUCAGUACAUAGUGGAUUUCCUGAAAAAGAAAGCUGAAAUGCUGGAGGAUUACUUUUCCAUGGAGGUAGACCAGGAAGGAAAUCUCACUGGACUACCACUCCUCCUUGACAAGUACACUCCUGUCAUGGAGGGUCUCCCCAUGUUCAUCCUGCGCCUUGCCACAGAGGUGAACUGGGACAAUGAAAAGGACUGCUUCAGAGACUUCAGUAAGGAGUGCAGCAUGUUCUACUCCAUCAGGAAGCAGUACAUCUUGGAAACUGAGCCAGGGGAGGAACAAGAAACUGAGGUGAAUUCUUGGCGUUGGAAGGUCGAGCACAUCAUCUUCAAAGCUUUCCGAACCCUCUUCAGUCCACCAAAGAACUUCAGUGAAGAUGGAACUGUGCUGCAAAUCGCAAACCUGCCUGAUCUUUACAAAGUGUUUGAGAGGUGCUGAAUCUGUCAGAUCUGAUAAAAAAAAAACAAAAAAAAAACAUAAAUGC